AUGGCGGAGCUCGAGUGGACGUCGGAGGAAUUGUCCGUGCAUGACGCGCCGCGGCCGUUUAAGUCGCAGACGUAUAUAUCGCGUACGAACGGUGCUGGUGCGCGGCGGAAUAAGAUGUUAAAGCAGAUUUUGAACAAUGAGCGUGAUGCGCACUUGCAAAAAAUGGGGCUUGCCGAACCGCGCGGCCAGAAAAAGAAGCAGGACGGCACGUCUGCGAAGCGCAGCUGUGUGCAAGCAGACGAAGGUGCGGCUUCUGAGGAACAAGCAUCCGAUGUACCGCGUACGAUGCUCACAUACACGUCUGUCGAUGCUCCGCCCAGCUUGCUCCCUGCGAAGCGCUACUGCGAUGUUACUGGCCUUGUGGGCAAUUAUACCGAUCCUAAAUCACGUAUGCGGUACCACAGUGUGGAGAUUUACGACAUCAUGAAGGGAUUUGUGCCUGGUGUAGACAAUGCUUGA